UGACCCCAGGACUGUGGCUUCAGGUGCCACCAGCUUUCUUUUCCAGGCCUGAUAGUAGCAUUUGCAGCUGACCGAUCUUCAGUGUUCUCUCUGGCAAUGUAUCACGGCUCCUCCCUCUUGAGGAUGGACUCUAUAACUUGAUUUUCCUCAUGUCAUGUCGAAAUCCUUGCUGCCCCUUACUGGGUUCACAGGCCACCUAGGGUGUAGUGGAGGCAUGAGUGUAGAGGACGGGGGUAUGCCAGGCCUGGGCCGUCCCAGGCAGGCACGCUGGAUCCUCAUGCUGCUCUUAUCCACUGCCAUGUAUGGCGCCCAUGCCCCGUUGCUGGCCCUGUGCCAUGUGGAUGGUCGAGUACCAUUCCGGCCCUCCUCAGCCGUGCUGCUGACUGAGCUAACCAAGCUGCUGUUGUGUGCAUUUUCCCUCCUGGUGGGCUGGCAGACAUGGCCCCACGGAGCCCUGCCCUGGCGCCAGGCUGCCCCCUUUGCACUAUCAGCCCUGCUCUACAGUGCUAGCAACAACCUGGUGAUCUAUCUUCAGCGUUACAUGGACCCCAGCACUUACCAGGUGCUGAGCAAUCUCAAGAUUGGAAGCACAGCCCUGUUCUACUGCCUCUGCCUCCAACACCGCCUCUCUGCACGCCAGGGCUUAGCGCUGCUGCUGCUGAUGGCCGCAGGGGUCUGCUAUGCAGCAGGUGGCCUUCAGGACCCCAGGAACACCCUUCCUGGGCCCCCUCCAGCAGCUGUUGCCAACCCCAUGCCCCUGCAUAUCACUCCACUAGGACUGCUGCUCCUUGUCCUGUACUGCCUCAUCUCAGGCUUGUCGUCUGUGUACACGGAACUGCUCAUGAAGCGACAGCGGCUGCCCCUGGCACUUCAGAACCUCUUCCUGUACACUUUUGGUGUGCUUCUGAACUUGGGUCUGCAUGCAGGUAGUGGCCCCGGCCCGGGCCUCCUGGAGGGUUUCUCAGGAUGGGCAGCUCUUGUGGUGCUGAGCCAGGCGCUGAAUGGACUGCUCAUGUCAGCUGUCAUGAAGCAUGGCAGCAGCAUCACACGCCUCUUUGUCGUGUCCUGCUCACUGGUGGUCAACGCCGUGCUCUCAGCAGCCCUGCUGCGACUGCAGCUCACAGCUGCUUUCUUCUUAGCCACGCUGCUCAUCGGCCUAGCCGUGAGCCUGUACUAUGGCAGCCACUAGUCCCUCUCUUUCGCCCUGACUCCUCAACCUGUAGAUUGGUCACCACUGUCAAAGCCACCUCCCAGGCCUCCCCUCUUCUCCACUCAGCAGCCCUAACAAGUGCCUUGUGAGGAAAGCCGGGGAAGUUAGAGCAGACUUGUGAAGGUGUAAAGAAUGACUUUGGUUAAGGAAACUUAACUAUCCCCUCCAAGUUUUUCCAGGCUAUGGAAUUAAGGGGCUUCAGUACCUAGGCUCUAGGCAUAAGAAUUACCGUGUAUCUGAUGCCGGAAGCUCCCUGCCUCAUUCUGCAUGAAUACAGCUCUUGGAAGUGAGGUAUAGGUUGAAAGGUGGCCUUCCUUGCUUCCUGUGGUCACCUCAACAGACCCCCUGAUCCCAAGCCAGGUGCUGGCUUUUCCAAUCCACCAUGGAGCAAGACUAAGAGGUGCCCCCCAGCUCCAUCAUGCAAAAGGGCCCCAAUACCACAGUUACAUAGCCAUCCUCCAGGCCACUCUUCCAGUCUCUCUCAGCUCCAGUGGUGCCUGGAGAUGUGCCCCCAUCCCCUCCACAGAGCUGCUCUCCCUACCCAGUCCUUGUUCUGGAAACCCCAGGGAGGGCUGGAGCUUGAUGCACCUCAGGGAAUGUUGCCCCUGGGCCCUGGCUUAAGCCUACACUCCUGACCUCUCUACUCAACCCAAGGGCCCUCUUGAAAUCCACUGCCCCCUCUAAGGCUCCUAGGAGAGACCAUUCUUCCUACUCGAUCCUGUCCUUACAUAGCAGUGUCCCAGCACCCAACAUCCUGGGGAAACUUACAUGGAGUGGCCUGGGACCAGGUACGGGAAACUUCUGUAGCUCUAGCUCAAUCAGUGUCUAACUGCGUAAGCAAUAAGGUCUUAAUAAAGUUGUAGAGUGUAGGGUGGGCCCUACGACUGAU